UUUUUGACUGAAGAAUCAUGGCGCUCGACCCAAUAAAAGGAGAAUUGCGGACCGGUGCAAAACUGAAAUGGACGUUCAACUAACCUAAAUUAACUGCAUUUCAUUUCUAAAACCAUUCUUUUUAAUAUUCUUUUUAUUUUGCAUAGCUAGCCUCAUUCUUGUAAAAAUAUUUUUCAACCAUUACUUUGCAUUCUCUACGUUUUUUUUAAAAAAUGUACUCUUUGAUCAACUUUUUUCUAGCACUGGCAGCCGGACUGUCAAUGGUGCGUGCCAGCAGCGGCAACCUCCAUUUUUACAACUCAUUUGUCAAAAGAAACAGCACCAAUGACUUGCAGGGAUUCAAGGGGGCAAUUCUGCUGAAAAACGGAGAGCAGACAACUUGCGAGAUAGCGCUAAUGCGCAGCACGUACGGUGCGGUAUCAGCUAGCUGCCUCGACUACACAGAUGACAAUGAUCAAAGCGUAGAUACGAGCACAAACUACGAAGUGGCAAUUUCUGCCGGCCUAGUUGGCACAUAUGGCACCUUCAAGGUCGCAAAGCUAACACCCCAUCCGCACUAUGACCCAAGCUCUUACGCCAACAACAUUGCGGUUAUUCAGUUUGACAACGGCGGCCGUGGUGAUUUUAUAAAUUUUAUUGCGUCGUGGCGGCCCGAUUGGAAGACGCUAUACUAUGUGCGUCGCACCAUGUUUGACGUCGCCAAGGCUGGAUGGAACACGCCCGUGACUACCGUAUACAACUCGACAGUUGAUUCAGGUGACUGCGCAAGAGCAUCCGAUGUGUUUGCGAGCAACCAGAACAGCUUUUUUUGUAACCAGCUUUCAACGCCCUCCAUCUACAACUCAACAUGCGCCGUGCCCUAUGGAUCUAUUUAUGGCGAAGUCAGUCCAAACCUUGCAAUCGCGGCGCUCCACUCCCACAGUGCGUCUACGGUAGCGACGGGUUUUGUGGGACGGCCAAGAUAUUCAACUAUUACACCCCCCGAGUACAAGGAAAUCACCGACAGCAACUAUUCAAUGGUUAUUCCAAGCCGGAUUGAUACCGAGAAAGUCGGCGUUUACGGCGGCGACAUUUACACGGUCAAGCGCAAAGCUGAAACCCCCACAAUAAGUCAGUUAAUCGAAACCCAAGUAGAUAAUACAGAAUCCUUGCCGCCUACCAGUGUGCCGUCCAUGGUCCCCGCUUCGACCAAAACACAAUCCAAGCCCGUAUUGGCUGUAGUAAUUCUGGCUGUAGUCGCCAGUGUCAUUGCUGGGUUGGGCUUGGUUGUGUGGCUGAUUUUGAGGAAGAUGCGUCGAAAAAAUAUAGCAAAAACUUCUCGGGCGCGCUGGUGGUGGCUUUCCGACCGCAGUAAAAUCAACAGUGACAAUAUAAACAUGUACAGCAGACGACCGCUGUCAAUUGUGUCUUUUCCUCCUCCCACCCACAGCCGCAGCGAGAGUAUCAUGGACCUGUCAUAUUUGCACAAAACCAAUUAUUAUCACUAAGUGUAGCUUUUACAAUAGUUUGGACGUGUUUAUACUGUAAAAAUAUAAAUGGUAAUAGCAG